AACUGAUGUUUAAUUCUUGCACUUAUUGUCUGGAAAUUGAUUCUUAAUCUAUUCAUCGUUUUAUUCAGCCGAAAAUUUUUCACACCUUACAGAAUUUAUUGCUCAAUGAAAAAAAGCAGUCUCUCAACCUGGAGGCUGAUGGAUAGGCUAUGGUGAGAUGCAUGAUGAUAAAUCUUUCAAGAUGGCCUGUCAAAUUUAAACACCUCUUUAACCCUUACAAUCCUAGUAAGAUUGGUUAACAUGCUGCAUCAAAAUUAAAGCCAUUUCUAUCAACACUGUGUAAACCUGAAAAUGAAUUAAAUUACUACUGGAUAUUAUCCAAAUCACUUAAAAAGUACUGGAAUAUUUGUCAUAAAUGUUUUUGUUUACAUCUGGUAACCAGUCUGGAUGAGAAGCUGUUGAGCUUACGUUUCUCAAUGAAAGGAUGCAACAAUCAUCUGUUACUAAAUGGUUCAGCUCAAUAGUCUUUCAGAAGAGUUCAAAUUUUUAAAGCCAUUGACGUUGGUCAAACUUGCCAAUUUACCAGGAUGCAUCUUUGUUAAAUUAAUUGCCAAUCCACUUGAGUUUUAUUGCUGAUGUUCCAUUACUUCGUAUUAAGGGUAAACAACAGGAAACUAUCAACUGGUAUCAUUGUAUCUCAUUUGAGCGACCGUUGCAGCAUAUUAUUUACACAAGAUGAUUUGAUUUUACAUCCUGGUUAAUUUCUUCUACAAAUGUGUUUUAUACCUUCAGUGAUGUGGUCUAUUCAGUAGUGAAAGACAAUCUCUCUGAUUACAUUGUUUUCCAUUCACUAGUUGGAUCCAGAUUUCAACUCCUAUUUCUAGCUUUAUCAUUAUUCAAGAAGAGUCCAAUAACAAAUUGCAUUUUGCUGGAUCUAUUCUCACUUAUUUGAAUUAUUUUGGCCUGAUGUUUAUUUACAAGCAAUUUUAUUCAAAGAGCAAGGAUAAACUGUCUGCUAAUCGUAUAAUCGUACUGGAAUGACAAUUUGAGCUUAUAUCCAUUUAUCAAACUGAAGCUUAUUUCUGUUGACUCUGGACCUGUAAUGCGCCUAUCCUUAUUAUCUUUAUUAUAAAUGUAUUUAUCGUUAAUUAACUAGUCCCUCAAUGGUUACUUACUUCAAUCCUGAACAUAAUAACGUGCAAAUGAUCCAUCCUAGUCUUUACUAUUAGUGUUCAUUACAUAACUAUCUCAUCAAAAAGGAAUCUGCCAGUUAUUUCUCCUUUUCUCCUUCAAGAGUACAACUUUCAAUUCACCGCUUUGACUAAUCAAUGUUUUACAAUUAAUUAUGACACGUUCUGGUGGUCGAUUUUUCACUGCAGUUAUAUUCAUAACCCUUAUGUGUUUAAUUCUUGUCAUUUUUUUCUAUGUAAAAUUGGAUUUUUAUCACCAAAAUCAUGUGCUAUCUGUUGGAAAAGAAUCCCUACAAAAAUCAAGCUUCGUGUCCGAUGAUCAAAUGGAAAAAUUGUCAAGAGAAAAUCAAAUCCUAAUCGACCAGUUGAAAGAUCUUGAACUAAGGAUCAAAAUUCUAGAAGGUUCAACUUCCAAGAACGUACCAAAUACACGCAGGCUAUCAUCUCCUGAGCGUAAACGUAUUCUGGUUACUGGAGGCGCUGGCUUUGUAGGUUCACACUUGGUUGACAUUUUAAUGAAAAAUGGCCAUGAAGUUACGGUUGUUGAUAAUUUUUUUACUGGAAGGAAAAGUAAUCUUCAUCAUUGGUUUUCUCAUAAAAACUUUGAACUAAUCCACCAUGACAUCGUAAACCCAUUGUAUAUUGAAGUGGAUCAAAUUUAUCAUUUAGCCUCGCCAGCAUCACCUCCUCAUUAUAUGUUUAAUCCAGUUAAAACAAUUAAAACCAACGCACUGGGUACUAUAAACAUGCUUGGCUUGGCCAAACGUAUUGGAGCUCGCGUUUUGGUGGCAUCAACAUCAGAGGUUUACGGUGAUCCACAAGUCCAUCCCCAACCGGAAGAUUAUUGGGGCAAUGUUAAUCCUAUUGGUCCUCGAUCAUGUUACGAUGAGGGUAAACGCAUUGCCGAAGCUUUAUCCUAUGCUUAUGCCAAGCAAGAAAAUGUUGCUGUUAGAGUGGCGCGAAUAUUCAAUACUUAUGGUCCACGAAUGAAUAUAAAUGAUGGUCGAGUUGUUUCCAAUUUCAUCAUGCAAUCUUUACUUAAUCAUUCAAUAACUAUUUACGGUGAUGGUACACAAACUCGAUCUUUUGCUUAUAUCGACGAUUUGGUGGACGGAUUGAUCAAGCUGAUGAACAGUAACUAUUCUUUGCCUGUUAACCUAGGUAAUCCUGAAGAGUAUACAAUUUUGGAGUUUGCUACUUUAAUUAAAAAUUUAGUAGGAGGAAGUAGCUCAAUUGUUUUUACUGAUGGCGUUGAAGAUGAUCCCCAACGACGACGACCAGAUAUUUCUCGAGCUCGAAGAGAAUUGAACUGGACUCCAAAAGUUCCUUUAAAAAUUGGACUCAAGAAAACUAUCGAAUAUUUCAGAAAGGAAAUGUCUAAUUUAAAUGAAAAUUGACGAGUAUAAUUCAUACAUCUCUAAAUUUCUUAUGACCAACAAUCUCUACAACCUAAUCAACUUGAAAUCAAAAUAUGUGUAUUGAAUUAGCAGCUAGAAAUUGAUUGUGAUGUUCAAAUGACCACACUAAUGCUUGAUGUGAUCUCUACUUGAUGUUAUGUGCCACUAGUUAGCUAAUAUCAUUGGAUUGUAAAUUUAUAUAAAUUUAAACAGUCAGAAGCUAUCCGACUAAAUCAACCUUCUCAUAUGAGAAUCAACGAUGCUUUCAUUUCUUCGCCUCAAUCGAAAUCAAAAGGAGCCACUUAAACAAGAUUUUCAAAAAGUAACUUCUGCGAUCCACUUCUAUGAUAAACUUUCAUUAUAGUUACAGUUUUAUCAUUGCAAUUUCAUUUGAAUUGCCAUCUUCAUCUUUCAUUUUAUUGAAUAUAACGCGAAUCUAGUUUAAAAGACAGAUUCAUAGGUAAAAUUUUAAUUUCAAUGUAUAUUUGGCCAAUCCGCAUACCUUUUAUUUUAACCUUGCAAUCAAUAAAGGAUUUAUUUAACGUAAAA